AUGGCUUCGUUAUUCCGUCGCGAACUUUUAUAUGCAUUAAUUGUAUGCUUCACUCCUCUUGGUUUUGGAUACAUUAUUGGUUAUCCAUCCCCAGCACAUGACAAAUUCCUGGAACAAUGGGGCUCAAGUUUCCCAAGUGACACAAAUUGGAACUUAUUUGUUGCUAUUACCCAACUUACAGGUGCUAUCGGUCCUUAUAUCCCUACACUUCUCUUCAAAUUUGGACUUGGCCGCCGUUUAGUUGUUCUCAUUGUAAAUAUUCUCUCAAUAAUCUUCUGGGUGAUCUUAGCUUUCAUGAAAGCUAAGACAUUCUGGAUGGGCUUCGUCAUGCGUAUUCUUCAAGGUUUCAUGCUCGGUGCAUUUUCAUCCCUUGGCCCACUUCUUCUUCUGGAAGUUGCCCCAGCCGAACAAACUGGUCUUUAUGGUACCUUCAAUCAAAUUUGCAUUGUUAUUGGUAUCAUCAUUCUUUAUUUCAUUGGUGAAUAUCAAGAUCCAUUUGUAAUGUGCAUUUAUGCAGCUGUUUCUCAUGCUGUCCAAUGCGGUCUUAUCUGGCUAAUUCCAGAAACUUCAAUCAAAAGCCAAGGUGAUGGUGAAGAUAACAAGGAACAAACUUCCGAGUCAAUCUUCCAAGCCAAGUACAUCUGGCCACUUGUUGUCCUUUUACUUAUCAUGCUUACACAGCAAUUCUCUGGCAUCAACGCUAUUCUUGCAGAUCUCAAGGGACUUUUCAAGAAAGCUAAUAUUGAAGGAUUAUCACCCGGUUAUCAGUCAAUCAUUGCUACAACAGCACAACUUGUUGCUUGCUUCUUCUCCGGUGGUCUCAUUAAAGUUUUAGGCCGUCGUGCAAUGUGGACAAUCUCUGGCCUCUUAUGUGCUGAUUCACUUAUUGUUUUCGGCUUCAAUGAUAAGUUUAACUGGUCAAACAUUCUUCCUGUUGUUCUUAUCUUCCUUUACCAAUUCGGCUUCGGUCUUGGUCUUGCCCCAAUGCCAUGGUACUCUUCUCCAGAGCUCUUCCCACCAUCAGUUCGUCCAAUGGCUUCAUCCAUCAACGGCAUGACCUCAUGGCUCCUCUCAUUCAUCAUUGUCUUCAUUUCCGAUCCACUUAAGAAGAAGAUCACCACCCUUGGUCUCUUCCUCUUCUACGGUAUUAUUACCCUCUGCGGCACAUUCUUCGGCUUCUGGUUCGUUAGAGAAGUCGAUGAAAAUAAGGCCGAAUCCCUUGAUAACACCGAUGAGGAUCCAAAGGCUUAA